AUGUGUGGGUUAUAUACGGGAGGGUUGACCACGGGAGCAAUUUCCGUUUUGGUAGAUUUGUUCUUGACCACUGUUCCUGUCUUGGACGCGGCGGAGACUAACACAACAACUGUAAACAAGCGUCAUGUACCAACCAUCCUGGAGAUCUUUGUACCAUGUUACACUGUUCUUGCUGCAGCCAUUUUGUUCCUUUUAUUAAUACUUUUUGUCUCGACGCGCAAUGUGAACUCUGGAAAUCGCCGGAAGUCACGAGUGAAUGCGGAACGAUGGGAAAUGGCGGUAGUGACUGACGUUGGUCUUUCCAUCAUAAACCACGCUACCAGAAUAGCCUUCGAUGACGUGCCUGUCACAAACAAGAAAGUUGCACGAGGUUUCAUAGGAGACUUUGACAAGGAGGUUCUAUAUAAACUACGGUCGUUGCACAUCCAGCCGGGCGAGAUUAUCCGGAUCUGUUUGCCCGCCAUCUCUACAAUGGUCGUUGGACCAUUGCUAAUGCUAGGUUAUUAUGAGAUCAUUGAAUUUUUCUGGUCGACGGAUGAUUACCCUGUGUUGCCAAACAUUAACCAGUGUGUCGCCUGUUUUCUUACCCCUGCUGGGUUGGUAUAUGCCAUCUCUUUCGGAUUCGCUUUCCAGCAGGCCAUCAAUAAACAAUGUGAUAUAUUAGAAAAAAUGACAACCGAAAUCAGUUAUCUUGACCAGGCGGCCACAUUGACCAGCAAACUUAAACUACGGUCACCUGCUGUUAAGGUGGAGAUGUACCGAGCUCUGAAAGCUGAAGCACUGUACAUGAUUCUCCAAGUGCAGAAAGGCGACAUGACAAAAUACAGACAUCGUCCGAAGGAAGAUAUUAAAGUUGAGAUUUGGCACAUCAUUGAUCACCUUCAGGUUCUGACCAGUACCCCACAUCAUUAUGUGGACGUGUUGAUGAGUCAGAAAAUCAUGGAGUACGUCACAGCCCUCAACAGUGUCUGCUCGGACCAACUCGGCAUUCUUCACUCAAAGAUACAUUGGCUGAAAUGGGCAUUCUUGGUGACUCUUGGGUUCUUCUCACUGUUUGGCGUACUUAUGAUUCAAGCAUACUCGUACCGAAUGGAACUGAUGAUGAGCAUGCUGACUCUGUUUUCCAUCGUCAUGCUUUGCUACAUCGUCGCCGACCUCGACUCACCGUUCACAGGAUUUUUCCGGAUUGACGUUCGAAUUAUCUCGGAUGUCAUAUACCGUUUGGAGAUGUUAAGUAACAUGGCAUUUUUGGGUUGUACCGAAACCGCCUGCUAUCCCGACAGCUCUAAGUUUCGAUACAAACGAUGA